AUAAGGACAAAAAAAAGAAGAAGAAGAAGAAGAAAUGGAGCCUCUUUGCCCAAACUUGGAUCUCAAGCCCGCACCUUUCUCACCAAUUUCACCAAGAUUCUCAAAACCCAAUUCUCUGUCAGUGCAUUCACAUCGGUUUUCAUGCUCGGAUCGGCGUGUGACCAAGAAAUGGAGGGUGCCAAUUGUGCCCAGUUGGUUCAAGGCUGCUAGUAAUGUAAGGGCUGAUGAAGCUCAGGUUUGUGGUCAGGAGCUGAUGAGGUCAGUUGGAAAAGGCUUGCUUGCAUUGGCUGCUGCCGCUGCUGCAAAUUAUUCCAUCUUUUGUGAUUCUCCGGCUAUGGCAGAGUCGCUUACUGUUGCUUUUCCGGUUUCACGCACCACUGAGGUGAAUUCUGUUCAGAGAACUCUUGUGGAGACUUGGGGUUUGAUUAGGGAAACUUUCGUAGACCCAACUUUUAAUCAUCAAGAUUGGGAUCUUAAGUUGCAGCAAACAAUGGUAGAAAUGUUUCCCCUGAGGUCAGCUGAUGCAGCAUAUAUGAAAAUCAGUGGAAUGCUUUCUACUCUCGGUGAUCCCUUCACACGGAUUAUCAGUCCCAAGGAAUAUCAAAGUUUUCGAAUUGGAAGCAAUGGAAAUCUACAAGGGGUUGGCCUUUUCAUAAGUACUGAACCAAGAACAGGCCAUUUGGUGGUUUUGUCUUGUGUAGAGGGUAGCCCGGCUGCUCGUGCUGGUAUACAUGAAGGAGAUGAGUUGGUUGAAAUUAAUGGAGAGAAUCUUGAUGGUGUUGACACUGAAGUAGCAGUUCAGAAACUUAGAGGUCGAGUUGGAACAACUGUUACAGUAAAAGUUCAGAGUAGCAAUGAUUUGGGAAGUGAUUCUAGUAUACAAGAGGUGAAACUACCUCGUGAGUACAUAAAGCUUACCCCAAUUUCAACUGCUACCAUCCCUCAUAGAACUCCAGAUGGACGUCUUACCAAAACGGGUUAUGUGAAGCUGUCAGCCUUCUCUCAGACAGCUGCAGCUGAUAUGGAAAAUGCUAUUAAUGAAAUGAAGAGUCAGGGUGUACACUCAUACAUACUGGAUUUACGCAACAAUCCAGGGGGACUGGUAAAAGCAGGACUCGAUGUUGCCCAAAUUUGGCUAGAUGGGGAUGAAACUCUAGUGAACACAAUUGAUCGGGAAGGGAAUUUGCUGCCUAUCAACAUGGUCAAUGGGCAUGCUAUAACACAUGAUCCACUUGUUGUGCUUGUUAAUGAGGGCAGCGCAAGUGCAAGUGAGAUAUUGGCAGGGGCACUACAUGACAAUCGCCGAGCUACUCUUGUUGGGCACAGAACCUUUGGGAAAGGAAAAAUUCAGAGUGUCACGGAGCUGCAUGAUGGAUCAGCGUUAUUUGUCACAGUGGCCAAGUAUUUAUCACCGGCGCUUCACGACAUAGACCAGGUUGGCAUUGCACCUGAUGUGCAAUGCACAACAGAAAUGCUCAAUUCUUCCAAGGAAUCGACGUCGAAGGAGAAGAGCUCAGUCUCAUCUUUAGAAGCAGAUUCCUGUGUGUUGGUAGCUGAACAUGAAUUGGACAUCCAGGAGUCCAAAGGCACUGCGUCUUGAAGACAGGAUCAUACACUUUAAAUUUGUAUAGCGUAGAAAUAGAAGAUAUACACGUGAAAAAGAAUAUGAAAUAGCACAGGGCCUGCUUAUACUUUUGUGUUUGUACAUCUUGUGCAAGUAAGAAGUAGGUUAUAGUGUAUUCCUGAUCAAUUGAAAAAUCUAAUUAGCUUAAAGAAAAAUCAAUUGAAACUUUUGGGUUUUACCAGAUCGAUCAAUUUCCUACCAAUUUAUUUUUAGGCUUUGUCAA